AUGUCCUCCCCAAAGACCCCCGUUCUCACAGAUAAGGCCCCCAAGCCCCUGCCCGGCAUCUACAGCCAAGCCAUCAUUGCCAAUGGCAUGGUCUUCUGCUCCGGCGCCGUUCCCAUGGACCCGGUGACAAUGAAAAUCAUUGACGGUGACGUUCAGGCACACACGCACCAAUGCAUCAAGAACCUGACCGCGGUACUGGAAGGCGCCGGUACCACGAUUGACAAGGUGGUCAAGGUGAACGUCUUCCUCUCGGACAUGGAUGACUUUGCUGCGAUGAAUGAAGUUUAUUGCACUUAUUGGGGUGACAUCAAACCUUCUAGAACUUGCGUGGCGGUCAAGACCCUUCCACUAAAUGUCGAUGUGGAGAUUGAGUGCAUAGCUGUCCUGUAA